CAAACGACGGAGAAGAAAAGCAUGAAUCACUUUUGGAUUUGAGGGGUACCCCUUUUACCGUUGGAGACGGUAAUACUUUAAUAGUGGCUGGUUGCAACAACACGGCAUGGUUGACGAAUGUGGAGCCAAGCUUGGUGGGUUGCAGGUUGAGUUGUGGUACAAAGAACCUCACGGCUUCAGAAGUUUAUUUAAAUGGAAUCAAUUGUACUAGACCCGGGGGUUACGAUGCAAGCACAAUUGUGGAUGAAGGAAUUUGCACGGCAAGCAUACCCUAUACUAAGCCUCAGGGUUGCGAUGCAAGCACAUUUGAGGAUAAAGAAAUUUGCACGGCAAUAGCCUAUGGGUUUCAACAGGUCGUCGGUGUCAAAAUAGACGAUAACAACACGACGACAGGGUGCAAAGUUGCUUUCUUAACAGCCCAUUCAUACUCUUCGAAUCUAAAGAAGAGACAAAAUUUGAUCCAACAAUAAGUUGUGCAUGCGAUUACAAUGUUCAUUUAACUAUGAAAGAUGCGGGUGCACUCAAGGUUACGGAGGAAACCCAUACAAACAAUUCGGAUGCAAAGAUAUUAAUGAAUGCCAAGAAGCAAAAACUCUCGUGGAAAGAACUUGUACUGCAGUGGGGGGCACUUGUGUCAAUUUGCAGGGAUCUUAUGACUGUGUGUACACUACAGGCCCUAAACGUUCAGUAAUUGCUAUAGGGAUUGGUAUAGGUUUUGGCUUGAUCUUUAUUGGUGGAAUACACUGGUUAUACAAGUUUAUUAAAAAGCAAAGAAGGUUAAACCAAAAGAAGAAGUUCUUCAAACGUAAUGGUGGUAUAUUGCUGCAACAACAAUUAACUUCAAAGGAAGGCAAAGUCGAUAAGACAAGAGUGUUUAGCUCGAGAGAGUUGGAGAAAGCCACUAAAAACUUUAGUUUAAACUGAAUACUUGUCCAGGGUGGUCAAGGUACUGUGUACAAGAGAAUGCUUGUCGAUGGUAGCAUUGUAGCAUUGAAGAAGUCUAAAGUUGUAGACGAAGACAAGCUAGACGAGUUCAUCAAUGAAAUUGUCAUUCUCUCUCAGAUCAACCACAGGAACAUUGUGAAACUCUUGGGUUGUUGCCUUGAGACAGAUGUUCCUGUUCUGGUCUACGAGUUUGUUCCUAAUGGUAAUCUUUUCGAACAUCUUUAUAAUGAGUCUGAUGAUUACACGAUGGUUACUUGGGACGUGCGUCUCCGCAUUGCUACAGAUAUUUCAGGGACUCUUGCAUACUUGCCCUCGGCUGCAUCAUCUCCAAUCUAUCACAGAGACAUCAAGUCUACAAACAUAAUGUUGGAUGAGAAAUAUCAAGCCAAAAUUUCUGAUUUUGGCACUUCGAGAACAGUAACAGUUGAUCAUACCCACCUGACAACAGUUGUUUCAGGUACGGUAGGAUAUACAGAUCCAGAGUAUUUCCAGUCUAGCCAAUUCACUGAAAAAAGUGAUGUCCAUAGCUUCGGAGUGGUGCUCGCCGAGCUCAUCACGGGAGAAAGGUCAAUUUCUUUCUUGCGGACUCAAGAAAACAGGACACUGUCAACUUAUUUCAUUCUUGCAAUGAAAGAGAACAAACUCUUUGACAUUAUUGAUGCACGGAUCAGAGAUGGCUGCAAGCUGAAUCAAGUUACUGCAGCGGCAAAGAUUGCAAGGAGGUGUCUAAAUUUGAAAGGAAAAAAACGUCCAACCAUGAGAGAAGUGUCAAUGGAAUUAGAAAGGAUUCGAUCUCUUCUUGAAGAUACGCAGCCACACGAGUAUGUUGGUGGAAACGAAGAAGAAAUAGAGGAAGAGGUCAAUACAAGAAACGAGUACGUUGUGGAAGUUAAUGCAAGGGUAGAAUCAUGGAACAAUAUUGCUGUUACCGCUCCAGCUUCUCAAUACAACUUCGUUGCAUCGUCUUCGUCAUGUUCAGAUGUUGAACCAUUGUUUCCUCUUCAGACACGGUAGAACUUCAACAUCAAUGAUAACCAUCAUCACAUGUUUUUUUUUCCUAGGUUUGAAUUUCAGCGUUUCUUAAUGUAUGACCCUUUCUAUUUAUAUCUCCAAGGGUGUAAUAAUGAACAUCUUUUGUAUAAACUUUAUACUAUAUACAGAAUUUUGAUCACCUUCGCA